GAUUGCGAACGGUUCAUUUUAGCGACAACCACCGCGAGCCUAGUGGUAAUCGCCCAACAACGGUGGUCAUUAGAAACCUCAAAAUAAGCCAUGGAUGCCGGCGCUCUGUUCAGAGCUCUAAAACCUUCAAAUAUGCUUUUUAAGAAAUCAAUCGGUCUCCGUUGCUCAUCGUCUUCAAAUUCUCCCACUACGCUUCACACAGGAAGUGGGAGAACGGUAAAGAGAGCGUACGAGGGUUUAUUGUUGGAUGCAGGUGGAACACUCCUGCAAUUGGCAAAGCCUGUGGAGGAUACAUACGCCUCAAUCGGUCAUAAAUAUGGUUUGGAUGCAACUUCGGCUGAUAUAAAGCGAGGGUUUAAAAGAGCCUUUUCUGCGUCAUGGCCUGAAAAGCUUCGCUACCAGGGAGAUGGAAGGCCAUUCUGGAAGCUUGUUGUUUCUGAAGCCACUGGUUGUUCCAGUAAUGAUUACUUUGAAGAAGUUUAUGAGUACUAUGCCAAUGGUGAUGCUUGGCACCUUCCGACCGGGGCCUACGAAACUAUACUGAUUCUAAAAGAUGCUGGAGUUAAACUGGCCGUUGUGUCCAAUUUUGACACCCGCUUGAGGAAGUUGUUAAAGGACCUUAACAUUAUAGAUUUGUUUGAUGCUGUCAUAAUUUCUUCAGAAGUUGGGUAUGAAAAGCCAGAUGCAAAAAUAUUCGAACGUGCUUUGGAUGAGAUGAAUGUUGAAGCUGCAAAAGCCGUACACGUAGGAGAUGAUGAUAAGGCUGAUAAGUUGGGAGCAAAUGCUGUUGGUAUCAACUGCUGGUUAUGGGGAACAGAAGUGAAGAGCUUUUCAGAUAUCCAGGAUCGCAUUCUUGUUCCUGAGUCAUAAAUUGUGUUGGGCUGCAUGCAUUUAUGACUUAAGAUAGUCAUGUUGGUUUGGGUGACUUGUUUUUGUAUGAAGAAAUGACGGGAUUACCCCUCACAAAUUCGAGUUUUUAUCAAUCUACUGAGGCCAAAAAUCAAUCUGGUUAAUCGAUUCGUUUCCUAAUGGCCCGUUUGGUUUGUGGGAUCUGGAAUUAGAUUUCAUUUCAAUCUCGGGAAAUUUCGAAAUUGAAAUCCUUGAAAUCCUGCAAGCAAUGGAUUUAGAAAUCCCAUGAGUAGUUAGUAUUUCGUGGGAUUUUAUAUGUUUGUUUGAUAAUUUUUUCAAUUAUGUUUAAAACACUUGUUUUAUAAUAACAAAUGCGAUUUUUG